CUCGACGGCCUUAGCACAUCAUACGCACUAAUUCUUGAAGGGAAGGAGAAAAUGAAGAUUGAGAUGGAUGGUUGGACUUUAACUCGAGGAAACUAACGAAGUAUUCUUUACAUUUCCUGGGAUCUGAGGGGUGCUAUGCUCUAUUCCACACACGUUAAUAUUCAUGGACCGCUCAACUGUGCAAAUAUCCUUAUUUUCAAGCUGAUUGUCGGCCCGCGAUUGUUCCUCCGGCAUCCCAGUUCCUCGUGGGGCUAUCAUAUCAUCGAUGAAGUCUUAGGGCCCUAGGCUUCGUUUUGUGCCCGUAUCGCUGUGCCACUCUGGUGGGCCACCACGACUGCGAGUAGGUAACAUCUCAUCCCCUCAGUUCCGAGCCCUCUUCUAGGCUGCUUCGGUUAAAUCGCUCGACGAUGGCUUUCGGCACCAGCCUCGAGGUAGUAUAACAGCCCCACCCCACUCCUUCGUCUAAGAAGGCACUAAAGCAGUAUUGCCGCAUACGUCUGCUCUUCUCGGAACUGCACCGUUCUGAUUGAGGGUUGUGUUCCGAUUUUUGGCUUAUACACCCAGCUCUUUCAGUACCACAGUCAUAUCGAAGAAGUAUAAAUAGCCAACGAGUCUUCUACUGAUCAUCAACCAACCAGCCACCCGCGUCUCAUUCAUAUAUCUCGUCUCAACCAUGCGCUUCAGCCUCCCCGCCCUCACUAUUGCAGUCCUUAGCGGUCUCUCCGUUGCUGACGCGAAGGUCUGUGCUCGCUGCGCCGACACGAUAGUCUAUUCUUUCCAGACUAGGCAAUUGACUCUGGUCAGACAAAGCUCGGUGUCGACCUUGAACACUGUUCAGUGCAAUUACGAUAGCCCAAGCAUUUCUGGAUUUUCACCCUACUGUGUUUACAACAACAUCAAUGGGUCUCUUUACUUCACCAAUACCGGUAGUGCCUGUCCUACUCCCGUUCCGACGUUCACGGUAACAGACACUCGUUGCCCCACGAAAUUCCCUGCGGCGUAAAUUGACAACUUGAAGUUCUUGUCAGUCGAGGUUCCCGAUGACUAUCCCCAUAGAAGUUCAGUUGCGUGUACUGUG